AUGUAUGAUUACCAAGUGGUACUCGCGCUCGAGAUGAUAGUACUCAUCGCUGGCGAAACUGGCAUCGCCAUGGUACAUGGUUGGACAGAAGGAAUAGGCUAUUCCAUGAAGGGAUACUACACUCCAUUGUAAGUUUAAAUUAUCGAAACGCAACUGACUUACUCUGACAUCAAAGGUUUACACUUGUAACUAACUUUUACACAAACUAAAACCUGAAAAGCAACACAAAUAAAUCUAUAAUCCAUAUUUUAGAUGGACAUGUGCCGUACUGAUGGUCCUGCUCUUCUUGCUGAUCAUCUCAUUGUUCUUCGUAUUCCUUGGACUGCACUUCAACUACCCGGGCAUCAUCCAACAUCACGUAUUCGCUCUCGUUAGUUGCUCGUUAUAAACAAACCAUUACUUUCUUACAGGCUAUCAGCUUUCCCAUCGCGUUGUGUGUUGUGAUAGCCGGGAUCGCGACAGGAGGACCCUUUUUGGUCGCUUUUCUGGUGGUUUUGUACUUUGCGGCGCUUCUGCCAUUCGCCUACAUCUACGGAUCAGCUACAUGGACAACCGCGGACCUACAGGACGUCGAGGGACAAGCUUGA